UUUUUACCUAGCAACUGGCAAACGAUGGCAAUGCUCCGCGAGACAUGCAACAUUUUAAAUGAGUCCCCACGUCCCUCCGACGACAAGGAGGCUUUCUACAUGCAGUGUAGAGCUGCGUACUUGGCUCUGUUCAAAUCUAGUUUGACAAAUAUUACUUCAAAACAGCAGUUAUGUCGUGUUCUCCAGCAGGCUGGUAGAAAUCCAUCCCAUGCCACUCUCAAUAAAUAUUGGACUACUAAAACAUCUAAACUGAACUUUGAUGACUUCUGUGAAAUUCUAAAGUGUGAGAGGAAAACCGAGGAAGCUGAGUUGAUGAGAACUUUUAAAAAGAUUGAUGUGCAUGGUGACGGCUACAUCUCACACAGUGUUCUGGAGAAAGCUCUAACCACUAGAGGAGAAAAAAUGACAACUGAUGAGGUGAAGGCUAUUUUCUCGAUAGUUGACAUCAACAAAGAUGGCAAACUGGACUAUGCAGAGUUCUGCAGGUUGUUUGUGUCUACAGUGGAUCAGUGUCAAAAAGCUGCUUUGGACAAGCUUGAGGCUGAUGCCAAGCUGAAAAGACAGAAUUUUGGCAGUCAGUUGCACAGCCCUUCAAAGAGCUCUGUGCCAUCAGCAUCAUCAUCAGCGGCAGAGGCAGCAACUCACUGUGGAGAACCUGAUUCAACACAUAAGAAAGACAGCCGAUCAUCUUCCCGUCCUUCUUCAGCUCGCAGCAGACGGUCGUCCCUGUCCAACUCAAUCACAGUGACAUCUUGCAGCACUAAGGCCAUCAAAAUCCCAGAGCCUCCAGGUUUACAGGAGUGGCAGCACACUUAUAUGAAAGGAUGCUUCUUUGUAGAAGAUGAUGGAAGUAUCAGCUCUCUGCAGUACCAACUCAAUAUCCCCCAGACUACCAAUGUUUACCUCACCAUCCAACCACUGAACCUCAGCCACAGAUCUGAGAAGUCUUCACCGUGGAUGGCAGUGGACACGGCCCUUUUUGUUAUGUCGGCUGGCGACACCAAAGAGGACUCAACUUUAACAUGCUUCACUGAAUCAAAAGACAAAGAAAAAUAUGUUUGGAAAGGAGAACUAAAUGCUGGGGCAUACCACCUGCUUCCUUUCACCAGCGGCUGCAGAUUAAAGAAAAGAAGCAAAAAGGGUCUCUCAGAUAAACCCGUGGAACUAGUUUACAGAACUGAUACUGGAGAACUGGACCUUACUAGGGAGCUAAGAGAGGUGCUGUCUGACAUCUUUGAUGUGAUUGACCUGGAUGGAAAUGGUUUACUCAGCUUGGAAGAGUACAAUUUCUUUGAGCUGAGAACCAGUGGAGAGAAAUGUGACAAAGAUGCCUGGGCUGUCUGCAAAGAAAACUUUGAUAUGAGAAAAAACCAGCUGACACGACAGGGUUUCAUGGAGCUGAACCUGAUGGAGGCCACAGAGAAAGAUGGAGAUCCUGCAGAUCUGUGGGUCACCCUGGAAGCCAUGGGCUACAACCGUGUGCUGGAACUGGUAGAGGCGUGUCCAUUUCAAAUAGAUGUGUACUGUGAAGGCACUCAGUCAUCUAUGCAGCCACUCAGUAUGGACUCUGGACCCAAGCUUCUGAACCAGGCUGUCCAAAAGUCCAUCACAGCUAGAACAGGAGCCAAAGCACUUAGGGGGCAUGACAAUGUCUUUAUUUACACCUACAGAGGAGAGCACAGGAUGUCCUCCCUCAUCACUAACAAGACCAAUCAAAAGGUGACUGUUCAUGUAAACAACGAGCAGAGCAGGAACUGCUGCAGCAGCAGAGGCAUGACUGUGUUUGCUGUAGAAGUGCCAGCCAGGACUAAGAUGGUGUGCCAGCAUGUCUUACCCAUUAGUGAGAAGCAGGACUGGACAUAUAACUGCGUGGAGACCAUACUUCCCAACAUAUAAAGCUGCACCUCUAAACACCUGUUAUACAGACGCUACAUAAGAACCAUGAAUGUUUCACAUGUGGUAUGAGGAGGUUUUAUUAUUUGUUCAAUAUCAACUGUUAUUUUAUUAAUGCAGAUAUUGUAAACUUUAAAAUGUCUAUCCUAAUGAUUGUAAUGUUUAAAUGACCAUUCAUUGAAACACUUCACUUUGUCAAAAUAUCGGAUUACUCAUACUUCAUUGUCAGAAUCUUGACCUGCCUGAUGGCAGCCAACAGCUGUAUCAGGUCCAUGUGUAGGAACUUGAAAACCUGUUAAACAACAUGAUGGUAAUUGAGGAGACAAAAGACUAUUUUCCUGUUGUUGGACAUUUUUUCCCCUUCUAAUACUGCAUUGUCUUUCAGUUUUAUUUUUUUGUUUGAAUGUGCCUUUAAUACUUUUUUAAAUGUUGAAUGAAUACUGAAAUGUAAAAAAAAAUCCUAUAAUUACAAUGAUUGUUAGACUCAGAAUGUUGCCAUCGUGACUCUGCUGUUCAAAUGGUAGGUUAUUUUGUUUUUUCUGUCUCUAUAUAGUUAUGUGAUCAGUAGAUAUUUUUAAAAUUUCUUUUGUUUUGAUUUUUACAUUCUUAACAUGGAGAGCCAUGUAAUACCCAUAUAUUUUAAAUACAUUUAAACCAAUAUGGCUGUCACAGACUUUCCUAGUCUGAUAAAUAGGUGAUUAAGAAUUUGUGCCUCAACAUCUACAUCUUCCUUUUGGAGAGAUUUCCUAAAAUAUAAGGAAGAUUUCUCUCAAAUGGUGUUUCACAUUACUGUUAAGUCCUUUUGGUCAUGCAAUAAUAUAAUUUAGUUUGAAACAAUAGUACUUUAGGCCUGUAAAAUAUGUCAUCAAUUAUUAUUUGUGCUUUUUUUUUAUUUUUUAGGUACAGUAACUUCUCAAUUCAAUUAUAUGUCAGCAUUUACAGCCAUUAGUCUCCAUAACUUUCAUUUUGCAGUGUUAAGGUUUGAGGUUGGCAAUCGGAUGCAUUCCUUUGUAUUGCAAUCAGGUCUAAACUUUACUUGCCCUUGGUCCUUUCAGUUGAGCACGGUCUUGACCCCCUAUUUAUAUCUCUUGGGCCAUUAUGUGCCCUUUGACUUUCACAGCUGAAAUAGUAGAGCCAGUCACCUAAAUGUCACACAGCAUGUGAGAUGUAUUUAAUGUACUGAGCCCUUUUGCUCUUCUUUUCCAAACACAGUCAUAUUACUUGACUGCUUGCAUUUGGGGUUCAGAGUUGUAAACCAGAUUAAAUAUCUGCUUUGUCAUUCAUAACAUUUUAUGCUACACAUAAAUGAGGAAUACUUAUAAAAUGGCUUUGCUUUCGGUUCAGUGGUGGGAUGAAUGGAAAUUGGGAAAAAUUUACAAGUGUGGUAUUACAGCAACUUCCUCAUGAGGCAUGCUUAACUGUUGCGAUGAUAAACUUUGCAAUGAUCAAACACAAUGUUAUGCAACAGGCAAACAACUGUGGCCAGAAGUGGACUGUUUCCCAACGCUCUGCAAGACUCAGUCUUUAAAACUGGAGCAAACUGUCUGAACAUCUUUCUGAAUAUUUUAUGCAUACAUUUUCUCAUUUUAAAUGGUUUUAAUUUAAUAAUGAAUUAAACAUUUUAUUAACUUUC